GUGUCAUGUGAUGCUGGGGACCAUGUUGCCUGAAUGGCGGCUCCCUGUGUGUUGACAUUAACCUGUGACAGUGUAAAGUGUGGAUGAGCUGGUUCAUCCCUCGGGGACCAUGAUGUUCUGGAGCUCAGCAGCUCAGCGGGGAGGUGUGGUACUUCUCCGCCGCUGGUCCCUCACUCUCCCCCGGUGUCCUCUACACACCUCGCGGUCCUUCUCCACCUCUGUCCCCGCCGGGUGUCCCGCACACCAGGGGGCGCAGCAGCCCGUGAGGCGGUGGGAUCUGACCGUCAGCCCCUUCAUCUCGGUGCGGGCUCGGCUCUCCUGCAGCAUCUCCGUCCGCCCGCUGGACCCGCACACCUUCCCGGAGGCCGACCGGGCCUUCGUCGCGGUCCACGCGGCGGACGGCGAGCAGGAGGUCGGUCUGGAUCACCUACACGUGCGGUACGAUGACCGGAGCCGAGAGCUGCUCAUCUGUGCAGAGAAGGUGAACAGCAGCGUGUCCAUAGAGGUGGCUGCUCCCAUUAAAAGCAAUCUGUUCAUUACUACUGAAGGACGAGGCAACGUGAGUGUGAGGAAAAUGGAGUGUGACAUCUGCCAGGUGCAAACAGAGAGAGGAAACUGUUUGCUGGAAUCUGUCAAGAGUCAUCAGGUGGAGGUGCAGUCCAGUGGGGGACAUGUCACAGGUGUGGGCACCAUCCACGGCAACGUGGACAUCAGCACGCGUGGAGACAGUGCUGUGGAUGUCAAGAAGCUCCAGGGCACCCGGAUGAAUGUCUCAACAGAACACGGGCCUCUGAAGGUCAAAGCCAUCUACGCCGAGUCCAGCUGCAUCUCCUCGUGCUCAGGCAGAGUACAGCUGGGGCACGUGCAUGGUGACGCCUCCGUGAAGAACGUGUCAGGAGAUACAGUCAUAGAUGGUUCGAAUAGUUUCCUGGAAGUUUCCUCUCACAGCGGAGGCAUUGAUGUCUAUGUGGGAGAUGGCGGCAGUGCUGAACUCCACAGUGAGGAAGGAGCGGUGUGUGUCCGUGUGCCAUCCUCGCUGAAAGCCGGGGUGGAGCUCUGUGGAGUGGCGCUGGAAAUCGGCCCAGAUGUUUUUCUGGAUGGAGCAGAGAACAACUCAGCUCAAGGCCAAACCACAGUUACUGGUUAUCUGAAUGGAGCGUCUCCAGCAGACCGGUGGGUGAAAGCUCGGGCGGACCGAGGAUCUGUCACUCUGAAGACACAGAGCUGGUUUGAGUCGUUGAAGCUGGGGAGCUGAGAUAUGACUGACAGGAUUCUUUCCUGCAUCGAAGCUUCACACUUACAGACAGAGACCUUUACCUCAAUGACGCAUUCUACUCUCUGCUCAGGAUAUACUGUGCUGUCGAUGAGGAAAUGAUGUCCAUAGUAUUUAACGAAUGUUCUCUAUGGGUUAAAAUCACUGUACAUACUGUAUCAUAACAUACUGAGGGCGGGGAGUAAACUGUGUAACUUACAA